AUGUCUACUCGCCAUAUGAGAAAACUUUUAGGAAGUACAGCUCUUCCACCUCCUGAUGAAAGUGAUGACGAUGACUUUGUACCUCUAUAUGCUAAAAAACAAGGUGGAACUUAUGCUGCUCUUGAGUUAGAUUCAGCACCAGAUCCUGAAGUAGAAGAGAAUAUAAUUGAGACUGAAGAACCAGAGUGUCUUAAUGUAGAUAAAAAGAAGAAAAGAAAUAAUAGAAAAAAUAAAAAAGGAAAAUCAAAUACUUUUGAUAUGGAUGAAAUAGACAAGUCAGUUAGGGAAGUAAAUGCGCUACUUGGUGAACCAAAACCACAACAAGAAUCACAAAAGAAAGACAAGAGAUUGGAGGAAGAGAAUAUGUUGUUUUCUGUUCAGCAAAAAAAUUUAGAUUCUAACAAUGAAAUGGUCCGAAUCUUUGGACCUGAAGAUGAUGAAGAUGAAAUUAGACGACAAAGACUACGAAAAAUGAAAUACCAGAAAAAUAUUGUGACCCAGAAUAUGUAUGCCUUUACCAAACACGGUUUAUCAAUGUCAAUAAAGAACUCUGAUAAGGACGUCACAUAUUUUGUGUUUGACCACAAUAAGGAAUAUAGAAAUUUACACCAAGUGUUCUUAGAAACAAUUAAAUCUGCACAGACGGUGGGAGGAAUGGCACAAAUUGAUUUUUUGUUUAAUGAAAUGCACGUGGAAGCAUUAUUGGAGGUAGCGGACAGAUAUUUUAUGGUAGAGGAAAAUUCAAGGGCGAAUGAAGUUAUAGAGCAGGCGAUAGCAUAUAUGCAGUUUGUUGCACAUCCGUGCUUUUCUCUUACUGGGCGAAGAAGCCGUCUAGAGUACAAGUACCUUGAAAAUCGGCCCUUCCACGUGGCCCUAUUAAAGUUCGCCCACCUGUUAUCAAAUCGUGCCUGUCACAGAACGGCGUUGGAGGUCGUUAAGGCCCUCCUAAACUUGGACCCUAACGACCCGUUAGCCGUUAUCUUCAUUAUCGACACGUUUGCGAUAAGAUCAAGGGAGCACAAAUGGUUAUACGACUCGGUAGAUUAUUGGAACCGGAAUCGGGAUGGAGAGUUCAUGUUCAAUCUUCAGUAUUCGCAGGCGAUGUGUUGUUAUCAUCUUUCGAAGGCGAAGAAUAGGAAAGUAACACCCGAAGAAGCAAAUGAUAGAUUACAGAAGACGCUAUUAAGGUUCCCAUUUGUGCUUAUAAAACUGAUUGAGAGCUGCAACCAAGCCGUGCCGGAGGAGAUACGGAAAUGUAAAUUCUUCAAUGAAUUCGCAUCUCUCAGUACACCUCAAGCACUAAAGGAUUUAAUGAAUUUAUAUAUAAAAUUCACUUGGGCACGCUGGAGAGAACAGCCCGUAUUGGAAUGGCUCACUGCUAACGCAACAGAAGUUAUACACAAAUUGCAGAACAACAUUAUUGAUGAGAAAUCAACAAUGGCAGACGUUCAAAACCGAUCUCGGUUGUUCCAAAAAUGGCCUGAGGAGAUAAUACGACACUUAUGUAUUAUCAAACCUAUGUCUAAUCUAAUAGUUGAAGGGGCGGUUCCAGAAGUACCAUCAUACCCGCUUAGGACUAAUCCUUGUCCUCCCAGUAACACAGUCAAUCGAUACAAUUAUGCCCUGCAAAGACAAGGUAAUAUGGAGUUUUUGCAGGGACUUCUGAGAACGAUACGACCAACUUUCGAUAAUGAUGCGCAAAAUUAA